UUGUAUUGUCUGCAUUCGGUCGUGCCCAAGCAAAGAGAUCACUAAGAAUGUCUGGCCGAGGAAAGGGUGGCAAGGUCAAAGGAAAGUCAAAGUCGCGUUCUAGCCGGGCUGGACUUCAGUUCCCAGUGGGUCGUAUUCACAGGCUCCUACGCAAGGGAAACUACGCUGAGCGUGUCGGUGCUGGCGCCCCUGUGUAUCUGGCGGCUGUGAUGGAGUACUUGGCUGCCGAAGUUCUUGAGCUGGCUGGUAAUGCAGCCCGUGACAACAAGAAGACCAGGAUUAUUCCUCGUCAUCUGCAACUAGCCAUUCGUAACGACGAAGAGUUGAAUAAGUUGUUGUCUGGAGUCACUAUUGCCCAAGGCGGUGUGUUGCCAAACAUUCAGGCUGUUCUUCUUCCUAAGAAAACUGACAAGAAGGCUUAGGUACUGAUUUAUAAACCGGCCCUUUUAAGGG